AUGGAAAAUAAAAAAAAACUAACCAGUGAAAAAAAUCGAAAACUAGUCGUUGUUGGUGAUGGAAUGUGUGGUAAAACAUGUUUGUUAUAUGCAUUUGUUUAUGAUACAUUUGAUCCAGAUCAUGUACCAACUAUUUUCGAUACUUAUGCAACAACUAUACAAAUAGAUGAUGAAAGAAUCACAUUGGCUCUUUUCGAUACUGCUGGUCAAGAAGACUAUGAUAUUCUUCGUCCACUUUCAUAUAAUGAUACAAAUAUUGUAUUGAUAUGUUUUAGUAUCAAUCAUCCAGUAUCAGCUAGAAAUGUUAUCGAAAAAUGGAAUCCUGAAGUACGACAUUUUUGUAGAUUAUGUCCAAUAAUAUUAGUAGGAUGUAAAAAAGAUUUACGAAUAGAUCCUCAAAUAAUUUCAAAAUUAAAACAAGAUAGUGAAAAACAAGUAACAACUGAUGUUGGUAGACAAAUAGCAGCACAAAUCAAAGCUGAUGCUUAUAUGGAAUGUUCAGCUAAAACUCGUGAAGGUAUACAAGAAUUAUUUGUACAUGCUGCUCGUUUAUCUCUGAAAAAAUCUAAUCGUAAGAAACAUUCUAAAUGUGCAUUGUAUUAA